UCAAUAAUAAACACAACUUCAUAACACAUAUCCCAAGAGAAAAGUUCUUCCCCUUAAACUUUUGUCUUGAAAAAAAAAAUUUAAUUUAGGAAUUAAAUUAUGUAAAAGCAAUAAUGACUCUCUACAGAAAUAUACUCUUUGCAAUAUUCUUUUUAAUUUGCAUUGCUUAUGGUGAUUGUUCGAAUGGUGAUCGAACACAAUUUUUCCGAAACUGCCGACAAAAUUGCGAAAGAAACAACUGCACUGAAGAUGGAAUUUGUAUACAGGAGCAGGCAGUUAGAUUCUAUCAACAAACUAUUUUCGAUGAAAUGUUUCUAUGGAAUUGUGUUGACGAAUGUCAAUAUCAUUGCAUGUGGAAGACUGUUGAUGCGUUUUUAGAUCGAGGAUGGCAAGUUCCACAAUUCUAUGGAAAGUGGCCUUUUGUAAGGUACCUGGGAAUGCAGGAACCAGCUUCAGUUUUAUUUUCCAUCAUGAAUCUAAUCGCACAUUUGAAAGGAAUACGGAGACUGCGAAGAGAAGUUCGUAAGGAUAGUCCUUGCUAUAAACUCUGGCAUAUUUUUACUUUAGUUUCUCUUAAUGGAUGGACAUGGUCGACUAUCUUUCACACAAGAGAUUUUCCUAUCACUGAACUUUUGGACUACACAUUCGCCUAUUCUAUAGUCUUAGUCAUGCUAUACUGCAUGAUUAUUCGAAUGAUUCACAAUCGCUCGAUUAUAAUCCGAGGAAUUGUAACUGCACUAUUUUUGUCGUUCUAUUUGAACUAUUUUGCUUAUCUUAGUGUCGGAAAAUUUAGUUAUUCAUUUAAUAUGGCAACGAAUUUGACAACAGGAGCUUUGUGUGCUUUAGGUUGGUUAUUAUGGUGCUAUUUUGUGCGUCGAAGACGACCAUACUAUCGAAAAAUGGUGCGCUUCCUUAUUUUGUUUGGUGUUUCUAUGAGUUUAGAAUUACUCGACUUUCCACCGAUCUUAUGGACAUUUGAUGCUCAUUCCUUGUGGCAUUUGGCUACAGUUCCACUAAGUGGAUUAUUUUAUAGUUUUAUUAUUGAAGAUUGCCAAAAUCUGCGCAAAGAAAAAAUACUAGAACAAGGUAAAUACAACAAACAAAUAUAAAAUUCCAACAUACCAACAUACCAAAGAUUAAAUAAUUUCAUUCCGACCGACAUCCGACGCUAGUCGUAUAUCUAUCUAACUUCAUACAUAAUACGCUAAAAGAUGUGAUUUACUUUUUACUUUUAAGCCUUUUUUUGGAAAAUUAUGUUAAUCUGCUUUCUCUUGCAAUAUUUUAUUUAUUUUAUUUAAAUAAAAAAGUAUGUUUAUUUACAAAAAAAAAAACAA